AUGAUUGAUAACCAACAUCUCUGUAACGAAUCAGCAGAAUUGCAUGGACGGACGUUGACUUCUUAUACAAUAGAUAUAGUGGUUGUUUCUUUGUCACUUCUGAUAAUAUGUGGGAAUCUUCUUGUAAUCAUCUCUGUCAUUUACUUCAAACAGCUGCACACUCCAACAAACUACCUCAUCCUCUCUCUGGCUGUGACUGACCUGCUUGUUGGAGCUUUAGUUUUGCCUUUUAGUGCAAUAUUGUCUAUGAGCUCAUGCUGGUAUACAGGUUAUUUACUUUGUAAAAUGCGAGGUCUGUUUGACAUAUUACUGUGCACAACGUCCAUUUUAAACUUGUGCUGUAUUUCCAUAGACAGAUAUUAUGCAGUGUGUCAUCCUCUGACAUAUAGAAGUAAAAUAAACAGUCAUGUUACUCUGAUUAUGAUUCUGUUGAGCUGGACUAUUUCAGUUGUACUUUCUAUUACUGUUAAAAUUCGUGAGAAAGAUGAACAAAAUGUCAGCUGGAGGUGCAAGAUAUUUGUGGCAACAAAAGAGGGUAGCCCUGGACCGUUUAUUUCCUUUUUUAUUCCAGCUAGUAUAAUCUUAAUUAUCUAUCUAAAGAUUUUAAUGGUGGCAAAGCAACAGGCAAAGCGCAUACAGACAACUUUAAAGUCUGAAGCUGCUCUCAGUAAGAUGGAGAAAAAGACCAAUAAAACUUUGGCUACAGUACUGGGUGUGUUCCUCAUGUGUUGGUCUCCUUACUUUGUAUCUAUAAGUUUAAGCAGUAUAGGGAACUUAACAAUACCAGCUGUAGUGAUUGAAGCAUUUAAAUGGCUCGGAUGGUCCAAUUCUUUGUUAAAUCCACUGGUAUAUGCUUUUUUCUACAGGUGGUUCAGACAUGCUUUUAAAAUGAUAAUUUCUGGUCAAAUAUUUCAAGGAGAUUUUUCCAACAAAGCUGUGACAAUAAACACAUUUUGA